AUGAAGCAAUGCCAGUUAGCAGCACCUGAGACCCCAUCUGAGAGUACCAGUAAACAGUCAAAAGGCCAUGCAUCAAAUGGCACCGACAGCACCUCCAAAGGCCCUAAGUCCGCGAAGAAAAGCUCAGGGAGCGCUGACAGUUCAGCCUCUACAGAGGAUGAUGAAAAGUUCACAACAGGCAUAUCAUGUCCCGGGGACUCGUCAUCAUGUUUCUGGAUUGACGGGUCACCGUUGCGUUACGAGAACUGGGACAAGAACGAACCUCGUCCGAAUGGAAACAGACGCUGUGGGAUCCUCAGUAAGGAGAAGUGGGGAACCUCCAGUUGUAGCGCACACAGGAGGUUCAUUUGCAAAAGACAACAACCCGACUGCCUACAGAUGCCAAUGCCAUGUGAUGUGCAUGCGUCUUACGGCAAGCUUCCUAAUGGUUUAUGCUACUGUACCUGUAACCAGGGUUACUCAGGGGAUGGUGUAUUUUGUCAAGAUAUUGAUGAGUGUGAGGAAGACACAGAUGACUGCGAUCCCAACGCAAGCUGCAUAAACACGGAGGGAUCCUUCACCUGUACCUGUAAUAUUGGGUACGACGGAGUUGGCACGUCCUGCACAGAUAUCAACGAGUGCACAUCAGGUACACACAACUGUGAUGGUAACGCCCAAUGUACCAACAACCAGGGAUCCUUCAUCUGUGCCUGUAACACUGGAUACCAAGGGGACGGUGUCACGUGCUCAGACAUCGAUGAAUGUGUGGAAAGCACACAUAACUGUGAUCCUAACGCUGCCUGCACCAACACACCCGGGUCAUUCACCUGUGCCUGUAAUACUGGAUACCAAGGAGACGGCGUCACGUGUGCGGAUAUUAACGAAUGCGACGUCGAAAGUACUCAUAAGUUACACAACUGUCAUUCCGACGCCACCUGUACCAACAACCAGGGUUCCUUCAGCUGUUCCUGUAACACCGGCUACUUCGGAGACGGCGUGACCUGCUCGGAUAUCAACGAGUGCACGUCAGACACACACAACUGUGAUGUCAACGCCCAAUGUACCAACAACAAGGGAUCCUUCAUCUGUGCCUGUAACACUGGCUACCGAGGGAACGGCGUCACGUGCUCAGACAUUGAUGAAUGUGAGGACGGUACAGAUAACUGUAACACUAACGCUGCCUGCACCAACACACCCGGGUCAUUCACCUGUGCCUGUAAUACUGGAUAUCAUGGGGACGGUGUUACGUGUCAGGAUAUCAAUGAAUGCGUCGAGGGUUCCCAUAAUUGUCACUCCGUCGCCACCUGUACCAACAACCGGGGUUCCUUCAGCUGUUCCUGUAACACUGGGUACUCUGGAGACGGCGUGACCUGCUCAGAUGUGAAUGAGUGUGCCGACGGUACGGAUUCUUGUGACGCCAAUGCCAGCUGUGAAAACACCAUCGGUUCCUAUACAUGUCACUGCAACAAUGGGUUCGCCGGCACUGGCCUGGAUUGUACAGAUGUCCACGAAUGCGACGCAGGUCUGGACAACUGUCACGAACAUGCCACCUGUUACAACAGCAUCGGGUCAUUUUCCUGCGAGUGCGACGACGGCUACUCUGGUGACGGAGUCUCCUGUACAGAUGAUGAUGAGUGUACCUUAGGCACCCAUAACUGCCACAAAGAUGCAACUUGUAUCAACACGGACGGCUCCUUCAGCUGUACCUGUAACGCGGGCUUCACUGGAAGUGGAAUCUAUUGCACAGAUGUCGAGGAAUGCUUGCUGAAUCUUCAUAAUUGUGACGAGCACGCGACAUGUAUCAACAUCGAGGGGGGUUCGCUAUGUGUAUGCAACGAAGGGUGGACUGGCAGUGGUCAGGAAUGCUCAGAUAUGAACGAGUGUGCCCUGGGCACAGACAACUGCCACACGGAGGCCACCUGCACCAAUGAACCCGGGUCCUUCUCAUGCACAUGUAAUGAAGGAUUCACUGGAAACGGCGUCACUUGUAGAGAUAUCGAUGAGUGUGGAUCUAACACCGACAACUGUCACGACCAGGCGACCUGUCACAACACUGUCGGCUCGUUCCACUGUACCUGUAAUGACGGGUUCAGAGGGGAUGGGGUCUCCUGUUCAGAUGUCGAUGAGUGUCAGGAAGAUACCGAUAACUGCGACAUCAAUGCCCGCUGCACAAACACCAUUGGGUCGUUCACCUGUUCCUGCAACGUUGGGUACAGAGGAAGCGGCGUGGUUUGUGCAGAUAUUGAUGAAUGUGACGAAGGAACCGAUGACUGCCAUGCCGAUGCAACCUGCGCCAACUCUGACGGUUCCUACUCCUGUGAGUGUAACACCGGCUACUCCGGGGACGGCAAGAUUUGCACAGAUAUUAACGAGUGCACGUCAGACACACACAACUGUGAUGGUAACGCCCAAUGUACCAACAACAAGGGAUCCUUCAUCUGCACCUGUAACACUGGAUACCGAGGAAACGGCGUCACCUGCUCAGAUAUUGAUGAAUGUGACGAAGGAACCGAUGACUGCCAUGCCGAUGCAACUUGCACCAACGCUGACGGUUCCUACUCCUGUGAGUGUAACACCGGCUACUCCGGGGACGGCAAGAUUUGCCCAGAUAUUAACGAGUGCACGUCAGACACACACAACUGUGAUGGUAACGCCCAAUGUACCAACAACAAGGGAUCCUUCAUCUGCACCUGUAACACUGGAUACCAAGGGGACGGCGUCACGUGCUCAGACAUCGAUGAAUGUGAGGAAAGCACACAUAACUGUAACACUAACGCUGCCUGCACCAACACACCCGGGUCAUUCACCUGUGCCUGUAAUACUGGAUAUCAUGGGGACGGUGUUACGUGUCAGGAUAUCGAUGAAUGCGUCGAGGGUACCCAUAACUGUCAUUACGACGCCACCUGUACCAACAACCAGGGUUCCUUCAGCUGUGACUGUAACACUGGCUACUCUGGAGACGGCGUGACUUGCUCGGAUGUUAACGAGUGUCAGAGAAACCUUGACAACUGCCACAUCGAUGCUUUCUGCACCAACACCAAGGGUUCCUUCAUCUGUACAUGUAAAAUAGGCUACAGCGGCGAUGGAGUCACAUGCGAAGACAUAAACGAAUGCGUCUCAAAUACACACAGUUGUCACGAUGACGCCAAUUGUACCAACAACAAGGGCUCCUUUAGUUGUAUCUGCAAGGAAGGCUACUCCGGCAAUGGCACCUACUGCAUUGAGAACAUCGGAACACCUUUUCCCAUCAUAGCCACCUCUCCAGAUCCGAAAUCAGCACCUGCACCCCACUACCUAUGGUCGCUUCUUGUAGCAGUAGGAGGGAUUUCCUUCGCUGUUUGGAUCAUCGUGAAAAAGAAGAUCCAGUCCCAAGCACAGCCCCCGGGACCACGGCAGGCUUGGGCGGACGAUGGACAUGAUCUGAUAUAAACCAGUGCUGUAUAUAGUAAACUUUAUUGCACAAUAAUGCACGGUACAAAGUACAGUGUAAGGCACCUAUAGCUACUGCUAUACUAGUAUAUAUACUAACAACCAUUCAUAUAUGAGCGCAUGUUCUUGCAUGCAUAUUUCAAGAUUUGUGAGCUAGAGGCGUCUCAGUUGUGUUUCUCUCCUCGGCUAUCGGAACAGACACGCCACUGAGAUUUGAAAAUAUUUAGAAAACUCAUUCUGGAAAUGUCAGCAUUCAAAAUUAUUAAUUGUUUAUUGUAAUGUUUGCUGUGUGACGUAUGUUGUAUGUGCAUAUGUAUUCAAUAUCAAGGAUGGACCGAAAAACUUGGACUGGAAUGGCAACGGACUAUGAGUUCUGUACAUAUUACUAACUAAUGUAAUAGUACAAUGUGCAAUGUAGCUGUCCCAAUAAUAAAACAUAUUCAACCAGGCAUUGUGAGUUCUUCCU